AUGAGUGAAGCUCCACAGCCGCAACAGUUUCUCUACAGAGAUUUCGCGCUUUCCUCAGAAUCUCAGUCAUCAUCCAUUCCCUCGGCUACCAACAGAAGAAUGCGUACAUUCUCUCCCUUGGCUACCAGCAGUAGAAUCCGUUACAUUCGUUCCACUUGGCUUCCAAAAGAAGAAUCCGUUACAUUCGAUUCCUUGGCUACCAGCAGAAGAAUUCGUUACAUUCGUUCCACUUUGCUUUCAAAAGAAGAAUCUGUUACAUUCGAUUCCUUGGCUAUCAGCAGAAGAAUUCGUUACAUUCGUUCCACUUUGCUUUCAAAAGAAGAAUCUGUUACAUUCGAUUCCUUGGCUACCAGCAGAAGAAUUCUCUUUUUAACUGGUGUAAAGAAUACCCUUCGAAGAGCCAUGGAUGUGGCAUCUGGACCAAUCAUGUCUCUGUUUAUGAUGUUUAGCGUGGGUUCAUCCAUAAACCAAUGUUCUAACACUUCAGUCAAAUCAUGUUGUUCAGAUUUUAUGUGGAACGAACGCUUAAAAUCCUGUACAAAAUGUUCCGUUGGUUAUUUCGGAGUGAAUUGUACAGGCACCUGUCGCUAUCCUAACUAUGGCAAGGACUGUCAACUGAGAUGUUACUGCGAUAAAAUGUAUUGCAAUGCCUCGCUCGGAUGUAUUUUUUCCGCAGAUGAAAGAGACAAGGAACUCUUCUAUUACAUUUCCGCCUCCAAUCCUGUUUUGAUCACCAUUUUUGUAAUGCUGGUAUUAGUUCACAUUUUCUUCUUGGUCAACCUUGGAAGGAAAAUCGUUUUGGGACGAUAUAGAAAAAGUUCUGGCACCAAUGUAACAGAUUCAAGAUAUGAACCAUUACGUCCAGUCAAAACUAAACCAGCAACUCAGUCAGGAACAACCUGGUAUGUUCCGGACAACAGCAACGAAUCUGAGAAAUCCCUCCCGAAAAAUGAAGAGCCCAACUACGAAGAAGUCCGGCAAGCCAGUCUCUCAGCAUUAGUACCUAUGCCUAAGCUGAAUGCAUUUAAUGGAAAUGACAACAGGAAGAAGAAAACUGUAUUUGUCAAAAAAAUGCUGGAGGAUGGAAAUACUAACUAA